AAAUUUAGUCGUAUCCUAGUCAAGUAACUUCUGCGUUUAAUCAUCACAUCAGUUUGAAUAGUAGAAAUUAUGUUUAAUUUUCAGUACGCUAAGGCACUGUAAAGACAAGGAUCAAUAAUCAUGGUGUCCAAGAAAGCGUGUAAAGCAUUCCUGCUGAUGAUAAAUGUGUUACUAUUCAUUUGUGGAGCCAUUAUACUGGGAAUUGGAAUCUGGGCUAUAUCCCAACAAAUCUUCAUAUCAAAUAUUAUAGGGAGAUCUCUGAUCAACUCUGCAUCCUACAUCAUGUUGGUAGUAGGAGCGUGUAUUAUAGUGACAACAUUUAUUGGAUUUGGUGGCGCAGUGGUCAGCAACAAAUGCAUGGUUACCGCGUUUGUAGCAGUGAUUGGGUUGAUGUUUGUGCUCCAUUUUGGAGCCGCCAUUUCGGCUGCUGUCUUAAGGGAAAAUGUUGAAGACAACAUUAAAGAGGACAUGAAGUAUGGCAUCAUAACUCAGUACGGCGACAAUCUUCAUAGAGACGAUAGUAACAAGGAUAUAACAGAGUCCUGGGAUAUGUUGCAACAACGGUUGCGAUGCUGCGCUGUCAAUGAUGAGGGCUGGGGUCUGUACCAGGAGUCCAACUGGUUCUACGAGCAUUCUCAUAUUCAAAGUGCGCGUGUAUAA